GAUUGUCAAAAAUACAUUUCAAACCAUCACCUCUACAGCUAUGAACAAUUUUCAUGUAAAAUGUAGAAAUUCUCUAUAUCCUCGAACUUCCGAUGUACAAAGAUAUCCUGUUCCAGAUGAUAAAGUUAGUUGGGAUCUUCCAUGGAAUGAAUAUCAACCGGUUGUGUAUACAGCUCCAGGAAUAGCUAAAAAACCAUGGGCUGAUCCAGAUAAUCAUGAUAAAAAAUUUGAAUCAAUUCAAUUUAAUAAAAUUGAUGGAGUACUUGAUAGAACAAGUUUUAUGGGUCCGUAUAAAUUCAGCACUGAUGGAUUACCAUUAAAUCCUUGUGGACGUACAGGAAUAACUGGACGUGGUGUCCUUGGUCGUUGGGGUCCUAAUCAUGCUGCUGAUCCAAUUGUAACAAGAUGGAAAAUUGACAAUUCAAGCAAUCGAAUAUUAAAUCCAACCACUAAACGUCCAAUUCUUCAAUUUGUUUCUAUUCGUCGUAAAGAUUCUGGUCAAUGGGCUAUUCCUGGUGGUAUGGUAGAUGCUGGUGAGAAUUAUACUUCUACAUUGAAAAGAGAAUUUUCUGAAGAAGCAUUAAAUUCUACAACAACUUCACCGAAAGAAUUAGAGGCAAUCGUAAAACGUGUCGAUGAUGCUUUUCAUCAUGGAGUUGAGAUUUACAAAGGUUACGUAGAUGAUCCACGCAAUACAGACAAUGCAUGGAUGGAAACGGUAGCAGUGAAUUUUCACGAUGAUCACGGUGAUUGUUUAGCGCUGUUCCCGCUGACUGCAGGUACAUAA